CCCAGAGCCCAGAGCCGUGCCAAAGGACACCCCGUCCUCCAAAUGCUGCCACUUGAGUGAGGCGCGCGAGAAGGCGGCGCCGCUGGCCUUGCAGCCGGACUGCGCUGCGCUCCGCACCCCGCCGCCCUGACGCCAACCAGCGCCCCCCGGGCGGCGGCUUCGGGGACCGAGCAGCGCACGCAGCCGGCCAAUGCUGGAUGCCUCCCCGGCCCCGCGGCCGUCCCGAGGGGCGUUGGGCACGCAGCCGCCCCGGCGAUGUGCUGUAAACCUGGGAGUUACAGGCCACUUUAAUUCAAGCAGCCAUCCCGCGGCCAGCUGCCUCGGAUAGAGCCUCACGUCUCCGUCUCCUCAUUGAGAAGUUAGCCCCCACCCCUUCCACCUGGUUCUGAGCCCCAAGUCCGAGGUAUUGCAUUUCUGAGCUGCAGUUUCAUUCUCCUUCCUACCUGAAGAGUGACUGAAGAUUUUCAGAUAAACACUACAGGUGAAGAUUGGUAAAAAGAAGCACUGAUUACUGUGGUGGCCUGGAGAGGAAAAGCGCUGGUCGGUAUCACAUGGACAAGCUCAGUGUUUUCCAAAGAUGCUGUUGAAGUAGUCUUUGCUACUGCUUUCCUUCAAAGCUCUUCAUAACAUGGGCUGCAUGAAAUCAAAGCAAACUUUCCCAUUUCCUACCACAUUUGAGAGUGAGAAGCAGCAUGCAAGUGAAGAAAGCUUUAUGUCUGGAGACAGAUUUCUACCUAGGAUGCCUUCUCCAGUUAAUGUCGAACAGGAAGUGAAGAAACCAUCAGGGCCCGAAACUGUGGUCUUCGAAUUUGCACAUCGCCUGUCCCAGGAAAUCCUGAGUGAUGCCUUGCAGCAGUGGGCAGGCAAUAAUAUCAAGUACUAUGACAUCCCAUAUAUUGAGAGUGAGGGGCCUUGACGCUGUAGGAUGAUGAUAACUUCUUGAAUUGUAGAUAAAGUUGGUGCUAGCUUAAAUACAUGAAACAAUAGCAAAAACUGAUGUGAAUAAAUACAAAUAACUAC